AUGGAGUCUUCGGUAUCGCUGUGUUUCAAGAGUGUGGAAAUACACGUUGGAGUACGGACGUAUCCAGAUCACAAAUUUUCUAGCUGGUAUUCCAUAAUCGUGUCUCGCAGGCGCUCUGAACAAGAACAGGUAAAGAACGGGUUCACAUACGCUUCCAUUUCUUGCCCCAGUCGGUCAAAUGAAUUUCAUGUCCUCCGCCACUACUUCGCCAGCAGGCUUCAGCAUUUGCAUCUGUCGCACAGAUAUUUCCAAAUUCUAGUAACUGCGAGUUGCACCAACGUCACCUCCAUUAAGAAAAUCAAGAUUCUUUGA